AACAGUGUGAGAUGAAGCAGGUGGCGGCAGCCCACAAGUGUUCAGUAUCACUCGAGCAUCGGACAUAUCAUUGUCAGCACGGACAACUGUACUUCCCUCUUCCACACAAGCCGUUGAUCCAGUCAAAUCAUGAAACUACUCUAAGAUCGAUGUCCACCACAAUGAUGAUGCUAAUAUUCUACCCAUCGCUUCUUCUAGCAGCGUUGAUCCCUUACACAAACUUGCAAGGUGCUGCAAGUGUGAUGUACCCUGACCACAGAGCUGCCCCCUGUCACCUACUCAUGGGGUACACUCCAGACGGCUGCAACAUCAUCCACUACCCACAACCGACCACAGCCCCAGGAGCAGGGUUAGGGAGAGGUAACCCUGAGAGAGGCUUCUACAAGUAUUCGGCUACCCUUGCAUCUGCCUGGACGCCCUUCAAGCCACAACAACUUCAGGAGUGGAUCGACGACGGCUAUACUCUUGUUUUUAGAUAUGUGGUACUGGACACCUUCGUUUAUAGUGACAUUUCGAGUGACAUCCUGCAGAAGAUCAGCAAGGACUUUGACACCCUGAGGGAUGUGGGCAUGAAGACUGUGUUAAGGUUUUGCUACACCUUCGACGAAAACAACCAUGAAGAUGCUAAGCCUGCCCAGCUGGCAUCUCACCUACAACAACUGACACCCAUACUCCAGGAGCACGUUGGGGUGAUAGCAGUUAUGCAGGCUGGUUUUAUUGGGGUGUGGGGUGAGUGGUACUUCACUGCAAACUAUGGGGACGAGGACCACCUCACUGACAAAGACUGGUACAAUCGAGGGCAGGUGGUCAACGAGCUCCUGCAGGCCCUCCCUGCAUCCAGGCAGAUCCAAUUACGAACACCUUACUACAAGCGAAAUAUCCUGGAUCGCAGCUCACCCAUUACUGAGGAUGAGGCCUUUCAGGACACACCCGUGGCAAGGAUAGGGCAACACAAUGACUGCUUCUUGGCGUCCGAUAAUGAUAUUGGCACAUACAAGAACAAGUCAGAAGAGUACCCUUAUGUUGAACAGGAAACCUUGUACCUCUCCAUAGGUGGCGAGACCUGCAAAUACAACCCUACUAGGUCAUAUUGUCCAACAGCAUUGAAGGAGAUGAGUGAACUGCACUACAGGUUCCUCAAUGGUGAUAACCUUUUUGCUGUCCUCAGUAGCUGGAAGAUACAAGGCUGCUAUGAUACGAUCUGGUCGUCGAUGGGCUACCGUCUAGUGGGGAAGUCAGCACAGGUGCCUGACCAGGUGUUAGUGGGAGGGGAGGUGAACGUGGGAGUGCAGGUCACCAACCAGGGGUGGGCAGCACCCAUCAAUUACCGUUCAGGGCAGCUGGUGUUACAUCAUGUGAGCAGUGGUGUGGGCUACAUAUCAGAGCCAGCUAAUGUGGAUCUGAGGAAUUGGCAGCCCGGUGACCACAGUGUCCAGCUAUCCAUGACCCUCCCUGAUGAUGCUCCUAUAGGCCAGUAUAAGGUGCUGCUGAGUUUGCCUGAUGGGGACACUCGGCUGCAGGAUAACGCUGCAUUCAACAUAGUCAUGGAAAACAUGGUUGAUUCUCAGGAUCCUGGAAGUCGACUCAACUUGCUUGGUUUUCUUACAGCUGUGUAAGAAUAACAUGAAAAUCUAGACUCUCCCUGAAGUUGACAUAUGUUGCCAACAAAAUUUAUAAGUCAACACAGGAAAAAUGGUAAAUAACAUUGAAAAUCUCUAAUUAUCAAACUCACACAAAAUUUUUCAGAUAUGAAACUGCCUACAAAAUUUCAUUAACCAAUUAUAGUCCCGACAUAUUUUAUGAUGGAAGCAUAAAAAUUUAGAAUGUAUGAUGAGGCAAUGGGGUAUUUUUUAUUCCUCCAGCAUAGCAUAAGAGGGCAUAUUGAGCUGUCCAUUAUGUAUGUAUGUAUCCACACAAAGCAUUUGUUUAACAACAAGAGGAUUUACAUCAACAUAAAAUGUGUUAUGUGAGUUGUCCUAUUCAGCAAGUGCUCUUUAAGAUUUUAUAUAAAGGCCUGUGAAUUUGA